CCCACUCCCUCACUUCUGCAGAUUUCUUAGAAUUCUAUCGGAAAUUAGGGCUAUUACUUUGCCUUAAUUCUUCAAGAGAAGAGCAUCAGUGCGUCUCCCUCUUCUACUUUUGGGUUCAGGUUAUUUGUAAUCGUCAUGAUUGAUAAACGAAUCGACAGUAAAGAUGUGGAAGCUCUACAGAAUGGAGAUGAGAGUAGAUCUCUUCAAAUAAAGUUUCUUUUUUUCGCCCGUGCUAGAGAUCUGACUGGCAUGACUGAAAUGCCAUUGGAAGUUUCUUAUGGUAGUACUGCCGGUGACUGCUUGAAUAAGGUCAUUUCUCACUUUCCACGGUUGGAAGAGAUUCGUGGGUGCAUGCUUCUUGCCCGGAAUGAGGAAUACACAGCUGAGUCCACCACUGUCAAAGAUGGAGAUGAAUUGGCCAUUAUACCUCCUAUUAGUGGAGGCUAGCUCAGUUUCUGAACUCCAAUUAUCGGGAAAUUGAACUCUGUUGUACUUGUAUUUAUGUGUGUAAUCAUAUUACUAAGCUGUGUUAUUUUAUUCCCAAAUAAUACAAGAACAAAAUUCUCU